AUCAGUUUACAAACCAUGGCGGACUACAAAAGUUGUGUUGGAUAUUUCUCCGUCGUUUUAAUUGGAAUUUUAUCUUUUAAUGUUGUUGGAAUAUUUACAAAAGAGAACGUUUUAUUGGACACAUCAAAAGUGAUAUCUGGUGAUUUAAAUUGGACAAAGAAGAUAGUGCCUGCUGAUCCACCAGACCAACUCAAUGGAGGGUGGAAUGAAGUAACCACAUACCUGAUAAACCUACGUCUUGACCCCUAUAAAAUACACACAUCGUGUCACGUGGACAGUAAAAAUGUGAACAACUGGCUACGGACACCAUUCAUAGACGUUGGCAAUGCCAAUAGCUUGUUUAUAGACAUGACAUUCACGAUGAGGAGAUGUGUCAAACACACUGAUCCCGAGAAAAUACAGUCGUGUAGAGAAACUUUUAACCUGUACUCAUACCAGGCAGACCGGGACAUAGCCAACAAUGAGAUGCCAACAUGGGACGACGCCUCCUACUCCCUGGUUGACAUCAUUCCAGCACACCUGCUGGCUGAAAGUGCCAACGAUGUCCGUCUGAACAAUGUCACUAAGUUUGUUCCUCUACGCAAGGGAGUCCGCGGAAUCUACUUCGCGUUCCAGGACACGGGAGCUUGUGUUUCGCUGGUUGUGGUCAAGGUUUACUUUAAACUUUGCCCAAACAUUACUAGGAGUUUUGCGUUCUUCUCGGAGACUCCCACGGGUGAGCUGCAGACGUCAAGUGUUCCCAAGGAUGGGGUGUGUGUUGCACACUCCAUGCGGGUCCAGUCCCCUCUGUACUACUGUAUGAGUGACGGCACGUGGGACAUCCCCCAGGGCGGCUGUCAGUGUGACCCGGGGUACGAGGGUGUCAACGAUCAACAGUGUGUAGGCUGUAGUGUGAACACGUUCAAGUGGGAAACAGGCAACUCCUCGUGCCAGCCAUGUCCUGAGCACAGCUACACGGACGCGACCCGUUCCAAAGAGUGUCAGUGCUACAACAGCUACUACCGGGCGGACACUGACAGCAAGAGCAUGCCCUGCACUCAGCCCCCCUCUGCACCACGUAGUAUCACCGUGGUAACAGUGAGUGACACCAUGGUGCAGUUGUCAUGGUUACCUCCAGACAAGCUAGGUGGACGCACAGACACUGUGUACCGCGUGGACUGCCCCAAGUGCUCCUUGGACGUGAUGUACAGCCCACGGGCUGACAGCUUCAACUCCACCAGUGUUGAGCUGAAGCGUCUGCAGCCCAGCACGACGUACGUGGUGAAGAUCUACGCGGAGAAUGGGGUCAGCUCACUGAGCUCACCAGAGCAACCCAAGUACCUGCAGCAUGAGUUCACCACAGAGGCAACCAUUGCAGAAAUAUACGACAUCAAACUCACAGACUACGGGGAUGACUUCCUAACCAUAGAAUGGAAAGUGAAGGGGAACCAGGACAGUCUGGACUCCCAGGUGCUUCAGUAUGAGGUGCGCAAUGGGCCACGCGGGGAGAAACCAGUCUCCAACUUCACCACAACCGCAACAAUCUCAUUCAAAGACCUGUUCAAAGACCAGGAAUAUGAGAUUCGGAUAAAGGGUGAGACGAGGAAGGGGUGGGGAGAGUUCAGUUCCCCAUUCUUUGCCAGGACUGGUACUCCCUAUGACUCCAAGAAUCAGACUGAGGAACCUGGUACACCCCUGGAGAUCAUCAUAGGGGCCAUAGUGGCAGUGAUUGUGUGCAUGGCCAUAGCAGGACUCAUGGUCUUCAUUCUCAUCAACAGAAUCAGAAGACAAGAAGGCAAGAAUCCGGAUCUUGAUGGACCUUAUCAUCAUGUUUUACACUGUCCUCCCCCUGACCAUCUUAUAAACGGAUCAAUGACAGUGCCAUUGUUCCAGCCUUCAGGUACCAUCAAGAGUUAUGUGGACCCUCACACAUAUGAGGACCCUAACCAGGCUGUGAGGGAGUUCACACGGGAAAUAGAUGCCUCUCAUAUCAGCAUUGACUCUGUCAUUGGAGGAGGUGAGUUUGGUGACGUGUGCAAGGGGAAGCUGCGGGUUCCCAGCCGCCCAGAGAUGACAGUGGCCAUCAAGACACUGAAGCCUGGAGCCACUGACAAGAACAGACUGGACUUCCUGACAGAGGCCAGCAUCAUGGGGCAGUUUGAUGACCCCAACGUGAUCUUUCUAGAGGGAGUCGUCACUAAAACUAGUCCAAUCAUGAUUGUAACAGAAUACAUGGCCAAUGGAUCCCUGGAUAGUUUUCUGCGGAAAAAUGACGGCCAGUUGUCGGUGAUUCAGCUGGUGGGCAUGAUGCGGGGCAUUGCUUCCGGCAUGAAGUACCUCUCAGAGAUGGGCUAUGUACACAGGGACCUGGCGGCCAGGAACAUCCUGUGCAACGAGAGUCUGGUCUGCAAGGUGGCGGACUUUGGUCUCUCCCGUGAGGUGGAUGUUGACACCACAGAGGGCGCUUACACCACCAAGGGAGGCAAGAUACCAGUUCGUUGGACCGCCCCGGAAGCCAUCACAUUCCGCAAGUUUACGUCAGCGUCAGACGCCUGGUCAUUUGGGGUUGUCAUGUGGGAGGUUAUUUCGUACGGGGAGCGGCCAUAUUGGAACUGGUCAAACCAGGAUGUAAUCAAAGCUGUAGAGAAAGGAUACAGACUGCCCCCGCCAAUGGAGUGCCCUGAAGCCAUCCACCAGCUCAUGUUGGACUGCUGGCAGAAGGAGCGUGGGCACCGCCCAAAGUUUGUUGCCAUCGUAAAGUCACUCGACAAACUCAUACGGGCUCCAGAACUCUUGAGGAAAAUGGCGAAACCAAAGCCGCAUGUGUUUGUAGACAACACUCCACCGGAAGUUGCCAACAAUUUCGCCUCCGUAGAAGAAUGGUUGGUUGCAAUAAAAAUGGACCGAUAUCGUGAUAACUUCAUGUCUGCAGGGGUCACUAGCAUGGACCAGGUGUUACGCAUAACAGUUAAAGACUUGGAAACCAUUGGUGUUUCAUUGCUUGGACAUCAAAAGAAGAUUAUUAACAGCGUUCAAACCCUUCGUGCUCAACUGCUUGGUCCACAAGUACAACUGCCCCAUAUGCACAUGUCAGAAGGGUUUCUUGUAUAGCAAACACUACUGCACUUAAGGAGCAGACAACCUUACAUUAGCAUCUACUGCAAAGUGAAGACAGUUUGCAAAAUUGUUUUCACUCGCUUUUUGUGUGGAAUAUAUGUGUGUGUACAAACUUGAAUAUAAGAAAUGCAUUGGAGUCCUGUGAAGAGGAGUAAGGUGUGGAUCACCUUUGACCUGGAACACAUUGAAAAUGUGGCUGAAACUGAGGCACUGUCAUGUUUAGUUGAUAAAAGUUAUAGUAGACUUUUCAGCAAUUCGAAAUACACAAUAACAAGUUUUUUUACCACAUUAUGCAAACUAUCGCAAUAUCUUCUGCUGAUGUUCUGUUUCAUAUUAGAACGUAAUUUUGUUCAAGGUAAUUUUGUGCAAGUGAAAAUUUGUCAUGAUGCCUUUUAACUUAACUUUGCAUCAUGUAUAAAAUAUAAACCUUGUUUGUACACCAUGGUCAAGUGCUUUUUGUGAUAACUAGUUGAACUUUGUCAUAGCAAUAUAUUUAAUUAUGUGUGUGUAUUAUGUGUUUGUUUCCAGUCUACAUGCAUAAUGUGGAUUCUAUAAGAAUGUAUAUUCAUAUUAUUCCACCAUGGGUUUCCAUGCCAACACGUGUAUGUGUAACUUGGUUGGGUGUGUUAUAAUAUGUUGUUGUUAAUAUACAUGUAUUCUGGGAACUUGUCAUUCUGUUAUUCGUGCAAUGUGUAUGUACAUCAAUGUACUAGAUAUGCUACAUUUAAAAUAGUGAUUUAGAUUAAGAUAAAACCAAAACCAGGCUAGCGAAUAGUGUUGGAUUUGUUUUUGUUUCGUAUAAUAUUUUUUGUAAAGAAAUACUAUGAAAACCAUGUGUUGCGGUGCAUAAUUUAUGAUCCUGGAAAUCUCAUGGAAACAUUGAGUUUCUGUAUUUGUUUGGAGUAUGUAGUAAAUACAGUCACAUGUAAUAAUUUAUAGUUAGUUUUCUCAUGUCAGAAUUAACAUGUGAUAAUAUGUUGCUAUAGCAACUUUAAAACACACUUAAAUGAUUGACACCUGAAUAAUGUGACUGGGUAUCAAGCCUUCCUCAUUUUGGGAUAUUGAUUCUUAUUUGUAAAGGAACCUGGAUAAUUCUGUUUUGAUUUUAACUAAAAUAUUAAAAUAAUUAAACAUUUGGCAUACUUGAAGAAGAAAUUCAAAACAACAUUUCUAGAAAAACAGCAGUCACAAUAUUCAGUUGUUAGUCUCCAGUUCUCAGUACAGGAUUCUUAUCAAGGUAUCUUUGGGGAUAUAGGGCCAGUAAGACUGGAGGUUAACUAUGUACAUCCUCACUUGAAUUAUUUAUUUAGGUUCUAGAAAUUUUCUAUAAAACAUGAUUGAAGCAAGCUAUUAUCAAAAAGUUAGGCAAUACAUAUGUCGUUCCCAAAAUAAGGUUACUUCUAUUUCAAAAUCAGGAGUAUUGUCCCCUAUGCUGACAGUGAUUGCAAAGUAAAUUGUGUCUUGUUCUGUGAAAAUUGGGCAUAAUGCAUGUGCGUAAAGUGUCAUCCCAGAUUAUCCUGUGCAGUCCGCACAGGUUAUUCAGGGACGACACUUUCCGUUUAAAUGUUUUUUUUCGUUUAAAGGAAGUCCCUUUUUACCAAAAAUCUAGUAUAGGCAGAAAGUGUCGUCCCUGAUUACCCUGAUUAUCCUGUGCGGACUGCACAGGCUAAUCUUAGACGACACUUUACGCACAUGCAUUAUGCCCACUUUCUCAGAACAAGACACAUAUGUACUGGCAUUUCCCAAUAAACCAAUAAACCAAUAUAUAGUCAGCCAGCAUACCAUAUGUAUCAUCUGAGUCUUCUAAUUUUUAAUGUCGUUAAAGAAACUUACGAAAGCCAUUUUGUUUUAUUGUUCUUGUGUAAUUGAAUGUUAUCAAAAACGAUUUUGUGUGCUGAUUCUAGGCUUUGCUUUUACUUGAAUGUUGAGAACUACAAAUGAAACGCUGUAAUAAUCUUUUCUUAUUAACAUAACUACAGUAACAACUUUGUUAAUGCCAUGAAUUGAUUUGGAAUCUUUAAUUGUUGUCAAUGUUAUAAAACACUAUUUUAAUAUUUGUCAUCACAUAAUAUACUAGAAUAACUAGAUACUUAAGUAAUUAAAUAAUUUGAAAUUGUCUGAUGUGCACAUGUUUUAAGCCAAUUGAUAUAUAUAGGCAUGUUGAGAAGAACCUGCUGUGUGUUGCUUUUGAAUUUGUAUGACACAACUUCAGACAGAUAAUUAAUGAUUUGUUGUGAAGGCACUUGUAACAUAUCAAUACAACAUUGGUACUAGCUAGACUUGCGAUAAAGCUUCCUUUUUUUCAUAAACCUGUUAAUAUACUUCUUAAAAUGGUCUGAAAAUUUCUUUAUGAGAUCAUUUCGUUUUAUAUCCUGUCAUAAAUAACUAUUUAUAACAUUAGCAGAAGUUAUGUCAUAAAUAGUUAAAUUUAAAGUGUUUUACACAACCAAUUUUUGCAUAAUUAAAAUGAAUGGCUGUGAAUAAAGCUGUAUUAGGACCCGUGGGUAAUGAAGUAAUUGGAAUUACAGGAGGUAGUAAUUCUUAAUAUUGAGUACGCAAAUUACAAUUUCAGUUUUUACUAAAUUAACAGUGUGGGUCUUUUCAACCUAUCCAUUAACAUUUCAAAGAGGCUUUUUGCAUGACCUAUUGAUUUACUGUGCAUCACCUGGAUUUUAGUUUUUCAUUUUACAAAAUACUAUUGAACUUUAAAAAUUAUUUUACUUUAGACACAAGAUUUCAUGGGUGUUUUACUUCUAAUGAUUAAAAUAUUUUUAUUGUAUCAUCUGAAACUUUUAACACUUUUGUUCAAUAAUGAUUUAUUUUUAAUGUUUUGUGUCAUUUUAAUUCUCAAUAGCAUCUCUUCUACAAUAUUCUUGGAGUAUGUCUUAGUGAAGAAACAUGUUGUAAAGUUUUAGUCCAGAAAUGUUGCAGGUAUAUUGUUCAAGUCAGAAGCUCCAUCAUGUUUCUGCAUGCUGUAUUUGACAUUCCAAACACUUUAUGAGCAGUUAAUUUCAAUUCAACGCUAAUUCUACUUAUUUAGAUGAAAUAAGUAAAUACAUAAUGCUUAAACUUUUUAUGUUAGGCGCUUUAAAAGCAGAAUAGAGAAGCAAAUUUUAUGUAUAUUUCUAUUUUUCCUGCCAUUUUCAGAAGGGUUUUGGUCUGAAGUGUUGCUAAUGUACUUUGAAUUAAAAGCACAUGUGUAGGUCACUUGAGUAUUUCAUGGUUACAUGGUCAUUAUUUGUUGUACCUUUAUCUGCUGAACAUUUGUUGUAAGGUAUCUCUUUGACACAAACCAAAGUUCGGAAACUAGGGUGACAUACAUAGUAUUGUUGUGACUUCAUUAGAGCCUCUCUAGGAAAACAGGGUUUAACGCAUGUGCUUACAGUUAUGUCCCUGAUUAUGCUGUGCAGUCUGCACUGGCUUAUUAGGGACGACACUCCCUAUUUUUCACUGUAUUUUUCCUUUAAAGAAAGUCUUUUUUAAGCUAAAAUCCAUUGUAGGCGGGAAGUGUGUUCCCUGAUUAGUCUGUGCAGACUGCACAGGCUAAUCUGUGAGGACAUUUACGCACAUGCAUUAAGCCCUGUUUUCCCAGAGCGUGUCUCAUGUGUAAUGUUACACACUCUUGAAGAGCAAGGACAUACAGGGUUCAGUGUUGUGAUUCAAUAUCAGUCAACUAAUGUUGUGUCAGCACUUCCUUCAGUUUCGUUAUUAAAACUUGUUUACCGUAAUGAAAUAUUGACCUGUGUUUUUUUACCAGUUUUCCUCUUUCCUCUUAUACUUUUUUAAUAGUUUUGUUCCCUUUGUGUUCCAGACAUAAAGUUGUAGGCUUUUCAGUGACUAUUUUCAUAGUUUGCUAUCAUUUCUUUACUAAUAGUGCUUCCAAUGAUCAAACUCUGGCUUAUUUUUGUACAUUCUCGUCAGAUAUUAUCAAAAUAUUAAUGGCUGCUAACAAUACUACACAAAGUUGCUAUUUCAACUUAUGCAGUUCUCAAAGUAUGUUAUAUAACAUAGUCUGACAAAGUAAGCACUCUGCUCAGAAGUAAAACUACUCAAAUAAUGUCAACGUUUUGCAAAUGAAGACUGCUGAAGGAAAUAUGCAUUGUUUUAUUAUUCUAUUUCAUGCAGAUGAGAUUUGUUCUUUAUAUUCCCUUCCAUAUGUUGUUUAUCUAUAAUUUUGUUGAUUUAUUUUAUGUCUUAUGUUUUGUUUUAAUUUUGUUUCAACCACAAAGUAGUGCAAGAUGUAAAUAUUCUGUCUAUAUUCUCUCUUUCUGUACAUACAAGUCUGUGUUAUCAUGUCACAUAUAUUCUGUACAUACAAGUCUGUGUUAUCAUGUCACAUAUAUAUAUAUGAGCCUUACUCUAGGACAUCAGGGUUUAAUGCAUUUGUGUGAAGUGUCUUCCUAGAUUAGCCUGUGCAGGGUGAACAGGCUCUUCAGGGACAACACCUUCCGCUAAGACUGGAUUUUUUUAUAAGAGAAGACUUUCUUUAAACAAAACAUUCCUUAAAAUGGGAAAGUGUCAUCCCUGAUUAGCCUGUGCUGAUCCACUGGCUGAUCCGGGACUACUCUUUAUACGCAUGCAUUAAACCCCAUGUCCCAGAGCAAGGAAUGCCUGUGAGGUAUUGUUGUUGUUUAAAUCAUAAACUUUGCACUGUAUUGUAAUACACUGGGUGAGAUAAUAUGCUAUAAAAAGAAUUCCAAAACAGAAACAAUAGUACAUUUUUAUUAAAAUUUAAUGUAACUGUUAUUCUCUUUUGCAUGUUAUUGCAUGAAAUCAUAAUGCAAUACAUUUUGUGUCUGUUGUCCAGCAAUAUAACGACAUAUUCCAAUUAUUUCCUGUUUUCAUAGUUUCUCUUUCACACAAAGGAUUAACAAGUAACUAAAAGUAAAGCACAGUUGCUGCUUGUUACAAGUAAAAAUACAGUUCCUUGCUGUUGUAAAUAUACAAGUACAUUAAAGUUGAUGGUCACACGUUAACUGUCAUGUUGUAAAUACAACCAUGUUUCAUGCACAUGUUGAAAUGAUUGUGUGUUCUUUUGUUUUGCCAGGAAGACUUGUGACAAAACUAUAUAUAUUAUAUAAUGAUGGUAUUAUUGGGAAGCUGUUACAAUUUUCUUAUGAUGAAUAAAAAAGAUAUUUAAA